AUGCCCACCAACAUCCCACAGCCCAACACGCCCACCAACAUCCCACAGCCCAACACACCUAGCAACAUCCCACAGCCCAACAUGCCCACCAACAUCCCACAACCCAACAUGCCCACCAACAUCCCACAGCCCAACACACCCACCAACAUCCCACAGCCCAACAUGCCCACCAACAUCCCACAGCCCAACACACCCACCAACAUCCCACAGCCCAACACACCCACCAACAUCCCACAGCCCAACACACCCACCAACAUUCCACAGCCCAACACCCCCACCAACAUCCCACAGCCCAACACACCCACUAACAUCCCACAGCCCACCAUGCCCACCAACAUCUCACAGCCCAACACACCCACCAACAUCCCACAACCCAACAUGCCCACUAACAUCCCACAGCCCAACACACCCACCAACAUCCCACAGCCCAACACACCCACCAACAUCCCACAGCCCAACACACCCACUAACAUCCCACAGCCCACCAUGCCCACCAACAUCCCACAGUCCAACAUGCCCACCAAUAUCCCACAGCCCAACACACCCACCAACAUCCCACAGUCCAACACAACUGCUAACAGACCACAACUGAACAUUCAGACAUUCCACGACCCAACACAGAACACUUUGAACAACAGACCACAAGCACCCCCACUGAGACCACAAUAUGACAACCAACCUUACACAACUCAACACACCAACUAA